UGAAAUUGCUUUCCAACAUAAGGUUUGGUGAUACGCAGGUAGAAAUUAGACGAGGUUCGGUCACGAAGCGAAUUUUUUUUGUUUUUAAAAAAAUACGAAGUAAUUGAAUUGAACCACAUGUUAAAGAAUAAAGUGAUAAAGACGAAUAAAGUCGUCAGAGUGUUUGUUGCAUUCGUUUAGUGAAGACAUUUUUGUUAAAAUGAAUUAUAGCUUAGAAGAAUACACAGACAUGCAUUUAGUUUUUGGAGAGGCUCGGUGCAGCGGUCGAAGGGCGGCGAGAUUGUACGCAAAUCGCUACCCAAAUCGAAGACACCCGGAUGCAAACGUUUUUGUGCGGUUGGAUUCCCGAUUGAGGACGGAAGGAAGAUUAAUUGCUCAUCGCGGGGAAGGCAGACCACAACGCGGUGUUCGAGACCAUGAACGAAUUCUAGAGGAAGUUGAGGAAAAUCCGACAAUGAGUACGAGGAAAUUAUCAACAGUUUUAGAUAUACCAAAAACAACGAUAAAUAGAGUGCUCCGCAGUAAUAACAUACACCCCUAUCAUUAUUCGGCUGUGCAGGAGUUACAUCCAGGGGAUGCGGAGAUGCGCCUGGAAUUUUGUCACGAGUUGCUAAGACGCCAUUAUGCUGACGGAGAAUUUCUGUCCAAGAUACUCUGGACCGAUGAAAGCAUGUUUACCAGGGCAGGCUGUUUUAAUCGGCAUAAUUUACAUCAUUAUGCCGAUCAAAACCCGCACGUAACCCAGGUAAAAUGCUUUCAGCGGCGCUGGAAGAUCAACAUUUGGGCAGGAAUUAUUGGUAAUAACAUCAUUACCUACGAGUUGAACCCGUCGCUUAAUGGUCAGCAAUACGCAACAUUCCUACAGGAUGUUCUUCCAGAAUUCCUAAACGCAUUGCCAGAUAACGAACGACCCAGUUUCUUCCAGCAAGAUGGUGCACCGCCCCACAACAUCCGGCGGGUAACUGCAUGGCUGAACCAAACCUACCCGGGGCAAUGGUUUGGUCAAUACGGUCCGAUUCGAUGGCCGCCUCGUUCUCCGGAUUUAACUCCGCUGGAUUUCUUCUUUUGGGGAUACCUCAAACAAGAAGUUUACCAGCAGGAGUCGGAGGAUGUAGAGGACGUCAUCGCCAAAUUCCAUGCGGCAACGGUGCUGAUCACACCAACAAUGCUGGAGAAUGUUCGUCAAGACAUCGUGACACGGGCCCAUAAAUGCAUUGCAAAUAAUGGGUUGCAUUUCGAACAACAGUAGACUCCCCUGGAUGUAACUCCUCCACAGCCGAAUAAUGAUAGGGGUGUAUGUUAUUAUUGCAGAGCACUCUAUUUAUCGUUGUUUUUGGUAUAUCUAAAACUGUUGAUAAUCUCCUCGUACUCAUUGUCGGAUUUUCCUCAACUUCCUCUAGAAUUCGUUCAUGGUCUCGAACACCGCGUUGUGGUCUGCCUUCCCCGCGAUGAGCAAUUAAUCUUCCUUCCGUCCUCAAUCGGAAAUCCAACUGCACAAAAGCGUUUGCAUUAGGAUAUCUUCGAUUAGGAUAGCGAUUCGCAUACAAUAUUUUAUUUUUUUUAUAUUUAUUUAAAUUCUGGAAUAAAACAUUUAAGUUCUUUGUU